AUGACGACCGCGCACAGACCGACAUGGGCGCCGGCCAAGGGCCACGAAGAGCAGGGCGGCGCGCGCAUGUUCGGCCCCUCGCACAAGCACUCCAAGCUGGACGACAACGCGCACAUGACGCUCAAGACGCGGACGGACGGUCAGCAGUCGAUCAAGGAGCUCAUGGCGAGAGACUUCAAAGCGGAGCUCGAGGAGAAGGAGCGGAAGCACUUCAAGAAGAAGCUCGGCGGCGGCGACGGCGGCGGCGACGGCGAGCUCAUGCUCGGCGACGGCGGGAUCGAAGAAUCGUCCGCCGCGCGGUUCGCCCCGAAAGCGAUCGACGCCGACGACAGCGACGACGACGACGACGACGGCGCGAGCGGCAGCGACAGCGACGACGACGAGGACGACACCGCGGCGCUGCUCGCGGAGCUGGAUCGCAUCAAGACGGAGCGCGCGGAGGAGGCGGCGAGGAAGGAGGCGGAUCGAUUGGAGGCGGAGGCGUUGGAACGCGCCGAGGAGGUGGCGGGGGGGAACCCGCUGCUUGACUUGAGGCAGGGCGCGGCGGACUUCACGGUGAAGCGGCGGUGGGACGACGACGUCGUGUUUAAGAAUCAGACGAGAGGGGAGCCGAAGUCGCAGAAGCGGUUCAUCAACGACACGAUCCGGAGCGACUUCCACAAGCGGUUCUUGAACAAGUACAUCAAGUGAGUGAUGGGUGGUAUCGUGGCGGACGUAUGUACGUCGGGUGAAGUGCGUUGGAAUCGGAAGUGAAAAAAUUCAUCU